UGCUAUCGGGAUGCUAAUGAGGGUGGUUUAGGAACUACCUAGCAGCUGAAUUUAGUAUCGGCGAAGCUCUGCGAUAACAAACAUAAAUACAAGGGAUUCUGCAGAUGCUGGAAAUCCAGAGCACCACGCACACAAUGCUAGGGAGCUCAGCGGCUCUGACAGCUUCUGUGGCGGGAAAUAAAGAGUGGUUGUUUCCAGCCGAGACCCUUCAUCAGGAUGUUACCUGUAAUUAAGACCACCACACAGGCAGCCGCAAAACAACAAAACCCAAAAGGACUCAUCAAAAAAAGACCAUCAAACACCCAAUAUGCAGAGAGAACAACACCAAAUUGUGCAUCAAUAAAAGUAAGCAAAAGGAGGGAAUCCAGUGGGAGUUGGUGGGGCAGCUGGAUACAAGAAAGUCUCCAAUCGGUUAAAGAAAAGUCAACUGAAGCACUGGAAUUUAUGAAGCGGGACCUGGCAGAAUUCUCACACGUAGUGCAACAUGAUACAGCUUGUACGAUUGCUGCUACUGCCAAUGCAGUGAAGGAAAAGCUGAGUGUGAGUGUACAACCCGCGGAAACCUCUACAGGAGCAGGGCAGCAAGUUAAGAAAGGAUUGUCCAAUAUUCUUGGAGUCCUCUCAGACACGUUUGCACCUCCUCCAGACAAAACAAUUGACUGUGAUGUUAUAACUCUGGUCGCAACACCCUCUGGCACCACAGAACUCUACGACAGUACUAAGGCUCGACUUUACAGUCUUCAGGCUGAUCCAGCCACAUACUGCAAUGAACCAGACGGACCCUUGGAGCUCUAUGAUGAGUGGGUAGCUGGUUUUAAUCUUGAUGAUCAAAAAGGGGAAAUCUCAAAUCUGUUGGUGAACAGUCCUUCAGUCCGUGCGCUUUACACAAAAAUGGUGCCCGCUGCAGUGUCACAUCUGGAAUUUUGGCAUCGGUACUUUUAUAAAUUACAUCAGCUGGAACAGGAGGAAAGCAGGAGAAUAGUGUUGAAGCAGAGAGCAGAGCAAACUUCUCAUUCAGAGGAUCUCAGAUGGGAGGAGGAAGAGGAUGAAUUUGUCGGGGCUUUGUCUCAAACCACGGACCUUCACCGUAUGGCAGUGUUACCUGUGCAGUCUCCAGUAUUGUGCUCCAGCACAGAGAACUCGGAUGAGCUGCAGAGCAUUGAUGCCACAGAUGUCAGGCAACUAUCAUUGAAAGACCAACCUGUAACUGCUGAACAAAGCCCUGUAGAACUCCAACUGAAAAGCCAGAUCUCCACUUCCAGUGAGACGUCAAGGUCUGAGGACACCGUGAAAGAGAUUGCAGAAGACUUAGGGGAAACCACUGUGGCUGAGCAGGAAUUGAAGCCCAAGAUUCCCAAGACCAAGGACAGGCUUUCUACCUUGGCCAAAGAUGUAAAUGGGUCCUCAAGCGAUGAAAAGACAAAAGACACUGAUGGAAUGGUACCUGAAGCGAAGAUGACAGUGAGAAUGGAAAAUGCUAAAGAGGAUGGACCAGUUGAUUUGAGAGUCUAUGAACUCAAUUCAGACAGUGGAAAGUCAACACCUUCUAAUAAUGGAAAGAAAGAAGACAUUAGGAGAGCAAAUGAAGUGUCUUCAUUCAUGAAAAGCAGCAUGGAUAUGCCAGGGUCGAGCACGGACAUCAGUGAAGACUGGGAAAAAGACUUUGAUCUGGACAUGACUGAGGAAGAGGUUCAGUUAGCGUUGUCCCGGGUGGACGUGACAGAUCAGCUGGAAGAUGAGGAUUGGGAGGAUUGGGAAUAAAUGCGAUGGCACUUUGCCUUUUCCAGCUCCUUUCUUGAACUGAUUAUUUUCUGAUGUAAUGGACACGGUGUUUAUAUUCUCAGCCCGUAGUGUAUAUACAGGUACUGUAUGCCAUUGCUUCAGUAAGCUGUGUAACAUCUUUUAUACUGCAUGCUGUUGUAUCAUACACAAGCUUUUUAGCAUGUCAUUCCAGAGAACUUUGAGCAUGGUUUAUAAUUGUUCAGACUAAAGUGAGAGACAUUACUGUUUCUAAUUAUGUUUUGUUUCCUCGUAAUUAACGGCUGGUUGGUUGUGCAAUAUAUAUUUUAAAUUAUACAUGCAUUUUCUAGCUUUCAGAAAUGGAAAACCAUUAGUUUUGUAAUUCAAAUUCCCUUAGAUCUUUUACAGAGUUGCACUUGCAUCUAUGAAACUUAAAUUAUACAAAGUUAAUUCACUAAUGCAUUCUGUCAAAGAAGCACUUUUUGAAUAAAAGCAAUGUCAGUUGAAAUGCUGACAGGAAAUUGUAUUUCUCCAUUCAGAGUAACAAUGAAGCAAAUGCUCUUUUGAUAGUGGAGCAUUCCAAAAUAAAAGUAAAAAUGAU